UUUUUAAAAGCUAAAAAGUGAGGUUACGAAGCAAUUGUCAGGUUAUAAACAGAGAAUUUAAGUAAAACUUUGAAAUUAUUUUGGAUGACCAUUAAGAAUGAUGUAAAGUUCGCAUAAAACUAUAACACUAAUGAGCAAGUUUUACCUUUAAAUUAAUGUGUGUGGAUAAAUUCGAAAUAAAAUGUGUCAGUUUAAUUAAUUUAACAAGAAAGUGAGAAAAAAAGCACUCAUCAGAACAAUUUCUAAAAGUCAUUUUAAACCAUGGCGAUGAUGCCUGGAAGGCUGGGCAUGGUCCCUGGAAUUCCCGAGAAUCCCUUAAGUCUGUCAUGGCACGAUUCUGCAUGGAUUCCAAUACUCAAUACUGCAAAUGUUAUGGACUACUUCUCAGAACGUUCAAAUCCAUUUUUUGAUAGAACUUGCAAUAAUGAGAUUGUUAAGAUGCAACGUUUGACUCCAGACCAACUCCAAAACAUGACUGGAUUAGAAUACGUAUUACUGCAUGUCCAGGAACCCAUUUUAUAUGUAGUUAGGAAACAACACAGGCACAGCCCUCAGCAAGUGACACCUUUAGCUGACUAUUACAUUAUAGCAGGAGUUGUGUACCAAGCACCUGAUUUAGCAAGUGUUUUAAAUUCCAGACUGUUAUCUGCAGUCCACCACUUACAGUCUUCAUUUGAGGAAGUUGCUAGUUUUGCCAGGUAUCACCCUAGUAAAGGCUAUUCAUGGGAUUUCAAAUCUCAGAAAAAUACUACAGAUAAAGCCAAAAGCAAAGAGGAGAAACCCAGGGAAGAACCAAGUUCGCUGUUUCAGCGACAAAGAGUUGAUAUGCUGUUGGGUGAACUCAUCAAAAAGUUUCCUUUGCCUGCACCACCGCAACCCAAAACAACACCUGCUGCACUUACUAGCAAGUCUGGGGUUGAAAAUGGCACUAGUGAGAGUAAGGAGAUUAAAACCGAAAAUGCACAGGAGAAGAUCAAACCACCUCCUGAGAAGAAACCACGGCUGAAUUGAUCGUGGAUUUAAUGUGAUUUAAUAAAUAAUUUUUAUUAGUUAUAAAUAUGCUAGGGAAAUAGGACGUAAUUAUUUGACUACA